UGCCGUUCACGUUUUCGAAACUAGUGUGUUCAAAAGGGAAAUAAGCUAAAGCUGCUGCCGCUGUGAACGUUGGGUUUAUUGAUGUGUAAAGUAUAAGAAUGGUGUUGAGCUGAUUUUUGUGGACUAAAGAGCUUAUUUUCAUAACAAGCAGCCAACAAGCAGAUGAUGCUGAUUAAAGCAGAACCUCCUGAAGAAUGGAGCUCUGGUAUGGACCAGCAGGAACUGGAAGUCUUCAACAUAAAGGAGGAAGAGGAGGAACUGUGGACCAGUCUGGACGGAGAACGGCUUAAUGUGAAGGAGGAGGCUAAUGCCAGCAGCUUUUCAUUCACUGCAGGUCCUUUGAAAAGUGAGGAUGGUGAAGAGAAACCUCUGUUUUCACAGCUUCAUCAGCACCAAGUGGAAGACGGGGACCUUCCAAGCAGCAGCUCAGCUGAUCAGAUGACAACAACAACUGGUGGAGAGGACUGUGGAGGAGAAGAAACUAGCAGGAACCCAGAACUAAAUACUCAUGAAGAUGAUUCCAGCUUUUCAGGGAUUGAAGUCAGUGAGGAUGAUGAGGAUAAAGAUGGAAAGACUUUUAGUGACUCUCAGCUGAAAUGCUUGUCAGCCUCUGGGCCAAAAACUGAAGACAGUGACAUAGAAUGGAAAGUUCAAACAAGACAGAAAUCAUUUAAUUGUGAAGACUGUGGUAAAAUAUUUAAUAGUAAAGGAGAUCUACACAGACACAUGAGAAUCCACACAGGACAAAAGCAGUUUCCUUGUGAAGUUUGUGGACAAAGGUUUAGCCAAAAGACCAUUUUAAACAGACACAUAAGAAUCCACACAGGGGAGAAACCAUUUCUUUGCAACAUUUGUGGACUUAUGUUUAGACUUAUGAUACAUUUAAAAAGACACAUGAGAAUUCACACAGGAGAAAAACCAUUUCCUUGUGAUAUUUGUGGUCAAAAGUUUAACCAUAAGACAAAUUUGAGUACACACAUGAGAAUCCACACUGGGGAGAGACCGUUUCCAUGUGAUUUUUGUGAACAAAGCUUCAUCAGAAAAGGAGAUUUAAACAGACACUUAAGAACCCACACAGGGGAGAAACCAUUUCUCUGCAACAUUUGUGGACUUAUGUUUAGACUUACGAUGCAUUUAAAGGUUCACAUGAGAAUUCACACAGGAGAAAAACCAUUUCCUUGUGGUGUUUGUGGUCAAAAGUUUAGCCAAAAGUCAAAUUUAAACUCCCAUUCUAGAAUCCACACAAGAGUACAAAUGCUUUCUUGUGAUGCUUGUGGACAAAAAUUUACCAGAAAGGGAGAUCUUAACAGACACACAAUGGUCCACACAGGACAAUAAACAUUUUCUUGUGAUGUUUGUCGGCAAAGGUUUAGCCUAAAAAUACGUAGUUUGAACAUACACUCUAGAAUCCACACAGCAGAGAAAUUCUUCUCUUGUGGUGCUUGCGGACAAAAAUUUACAAGAAAGGGACAUUAACCACGUAACAUGGUCCACACAGGAUAUAAGCCGUUUCUUUGGAGAUUUGUGGGCAAAGAUUUGUCAAAAAGGGAGAUCUAAAAAACACACAAAAAUCCACACAGGACAGUUAUUGUUUCCUUGUGACCUUUGUGGACAAAUAUUUAAUAGAAAUAUAUAUUUAAAUAAUCACUUGCAAAUCCACACGGAAUAAAACAGUAGUUUGCAAUGACCCUUAAAACAGCUGAAAGCACACAAAUGGGGAAGCACUUCAGCUGUAAAGGCAGCUACACAGAAUUGAAAUGGCACAGUUCUGGGCUUUGUACAGUAAAUAGGAGGAGUCUAAUGAGAUUAAUUCUUGUUGAUUUGAAAAUUGUCUUGUG